CAGUUCGUGGAGUUAGUGGAGCUGCGUGGUAGCAUUGUUAUUUGUGUUCCGCCGAAUAAUUUUACUAAGUGGGAGCUGGAAUAUUGCCUGCCUGCCACUGCUAAGCAAAAUAGCAGCGUGGAAAUCAAUUCAAAACUAGACCAGCCAAUUUUACAAACAGUCAAAACGCCGUCCACAAUUAAGCAAACAACAUAAAAAAUAAACGAGUAAUUAAAUAAUAAUAUUCGUAAUACGUAAUAAACCGUAAUUAGUAACGCAUCAUAUAUACAAAAAGUACACAUGGCGUUCAUUUCGAAAGAUUUUCGCUCACCUGGCGAGGCUUGGGUCAAGACCGAGGAGGGCUGGGAGCGCAAAAAGGUGCUCGAAUGCGGUGGCAAACGCAAGCGUCAUAGCUCUGAGGGCAGCAUCUCAGACCUGGGCAUCAGUGGCGAGGGAGAGAACGACGAGGUGGGAUGCAUGCCACCGCAUUAUCACAUCACGAUACGCUGCACACGAGAAAUUGCAGGUUUCAAUGGGUUAACCGAGGCAGUGAAGCGUCUUGACUUUCGUCGCUCGGUGCGUGAUCGCAAGCGCUUCCAUUACAUCUGUGCGUUCCUGCUGCUCGUCUCCAACAAGGGCAUUGCCAGUCUGCCAGGCAGUGCACAGCGUCAGUUGCUCCAAAUGGUGGAGGAGGUGGCCUCACAUGUCAAUGACAGCCAGCAGCAUCCGAAUGUGCUGCGUGGAUUGGCAUUGAAGCUGGAGCACAUUGUCAACCAGGAGAACCAAAAGUGCUGGGGCAAGCCGCUGGGCAGCACCUAUCUGUGGCAGGAGCAUGUGGCCCGGAUUAAGCGCAUUCAACGUGUCGCCAGUCAGAUUGAAAUCCGCGAGCCCGAUCCAAAGGCAACGCCUAAGCUGCACGAGCUGCCCGAGGAGUGUGUGCGCGAGAUCAUUUUGUGCAUUGCCGAUCAUCGGGAUCUGGAGUCGGCUGCCGAGGCCUGGGAGACAAUGGCCAAGCUGGUGUCGGAGCAACGCAUCUGGCGCGAGCUGACACGCUUCCACUUCAAUCAGCGACAGAUCAACACCAUCCUCGACCUGGACAAGAUCAAGCAGAUGGGCGAGACCAAAGACUGGAAACAGAUCUAUCAUCAGCUGCGACGGACCUACGGCGUCAACGAUGACUAUCAGUUCGCCGAGGUGCUGGCCCUGUGCCGCUCCUGCUGCUGCCUCUUCUGGCCCUCCGAUGGCCAUCCGUGCAUUGUCGAUCAGAGUCCCGACUACAAGCAACGUGUCGAGGAGGCUGGCGGCCAAUUGGCGCUGGCUCAGCCUGUUCCGCCGGCACAGUUCUUGAAGUACUUCUCAUUGUAAGAUGCCAGCAGACUAAAAAUGGAAACCAAAACUUGACCAAUGCGGCGGGGGGCAGCUUAGUAGGGGGGAGAGAGAGCAAAGAGAUAUAUUCAUAUUUUUAGACAGACCGCGAGGGAGGCGAGGGAAAUAUGAGAAUUUUAUUGUGUAUGUUAAAGUUUUAAAGCAAAGAGACAAAGCGGGAGGAGGGAAUGAUGAGUGGAGUUCUUUGGUUGAGCAGAAAGCAAAGUGAUAAAGUUUUAACGACACUACUUACAUUAUUUUAUUUAACUCUUAAGGGAGCUCAACUGUUACGCUGAGUUCGCAUAGUUUAUUGUUAGGAUUCAGAUCCGCCGAAUGGCUUGAUUAGAUCUUUAAAUCUGUGUGUAGACGCUAUAUGUAUACUCUUGACUUGUUUUCGAGCCUCUUGUUUUAUUGAACCGGAUAUUCAAAUUAUCACGUUGAAUUUCGAAUUGAAGCGAGUAUCGUACAUCACAUUGGUUGUGAUUCCAGAUCAUUUGUCCCCAGAUGUAUUUUUGAGAUAUGCAAAACGAACUGCCACAACAGAGAAUAAUAAACAAGAACAACAACAAAAACAAAGACAAGGUAAACAAAAUCAAUAAAAACUAAUUUUACUAUUUUCGAGAAUCGUUCAAGAGAAUUCAAUUUGUUCUAUAUAAGAAUUAUGAAUUUUAAACGUAUCUUUUUAGGACUUAAGUGUAGUUAUUUUAUGAUCAGCUGCUUUUGGUGCUACAUUCGAAGAUAAGUUACCCAGUUACCAAUUACCGAUUACCAGUUACCAAUUUGCCCAGAAUGUUACCAAAAAACUAAAAAGAAACUGAAGCUCUAUUUACAAUCUCCACAAAAAAGAAACCUUUAAAGUAAUUAUGAUACAGAAAUCAUGUGAUGUUGCAGGAAGCAAAGCUAGAAACGAAUACACCUACCUAAAUACAUAAAUAUAAACAAAAUAAAACAUAACAAAUCUGAAAUACAAAUGAAAUACAGAAUAAAUAAAAUCAAUGUAUGUACUAUAUCAGAAUCAAAUACAAAUACGUGUCCCAAUAUUAACAUUAAGUGCAUACGGAUCCAAGCCUAAAAUAAUCAAAUAAAUAUAUAUAUAUAGUAUAUAUAUACAUAUACAUACGUGUAAUGUUAAGAUUCUGUAAAAGUUAAGCGGGUAAACAACUACGAAGAUAUAACGACUAUGUUUUCCAUAUGUAGACGUUUUCAAUCUAAUGCUUAAAGGGACUUUCUCAAGUCCUUAGAUCAGUUAAACAUCUAUGUAUGUAAAGUCUAACAAAUCUGAUUUAUAUACCCAAGCAAAACAUAAUAAUAUCGUGCGCAGAAUGCACUUAGUUUUGCUUUAAACUAUAUGACCUUAUACGUGAUCGUAUUUGUGCGUACAUUUUUAUGUUUGAAAUAAACUCUUAAACUAUUUAUGAGGCAACUCGAAAAGUGUUUG